GCUGGCAGUGCUCGCUAAGAUGGCGGACUUCCUGCCGUCGCGCUCCGUGCUGUCGGGCUGUUUCCCCGGCUGCCUGCUGACCAGCGGCGAGGCCGAGCAGCAGCGCAAGUCCAAGGAGAUCGAUAAGUGCCUCAACCGGGAGAAAACCUACGUGAAGCGCCUCGUCAAGAUCCUGCUGCUGGGCGCGGGGGAGAGCGGCAAGUCCACCUUCCUCAAGCAGAUGCGGAUCAUCCACGGGCAGGACUGGGACCGGGCGGCCCGCGAGGAGUUCCGGGCCACCAUCUACAGCAACGUUAUCAAGGGUGUGAGAGUCCUUGUGGAUGCCAGAGAGAAACUUCAUAUCCCUUGGGGAGAUCCUGUUAACCAGAGUAACGGGGAUACGAUGAUGGCUUUCGAUACCCGCUCAGUCACGGUGGUGCAAGGAAUGGUGGAGACAGCAGUUUUUUUACAGUACCUCCCGGCCAUAAGAGCUCUAUGGGCAGACAGUGGGAUCCAGCAUGCAUACGACAGGCGCAGAGAAUUCCAGUUGGGGGAAUCCGUAAAAUAUUUCUUGGACAACUUGGAUAAACUUGGAGAACAGGAUUAUCUUCCCUCACAGCAAGAUAUUCUGCUGGCACGAAGACCCACAAAAGGGAUUCAUGAGUACAACUUUGAAAUAAAGAAUGUUCCUUUCAAAAUGGUUGAUGUAGGUGGCCAAAGGUCAGAACGGAAACGUUGGUUUGAAUGCUUCGACAGUGUCACAUCAAUACUCUUCCUUGUUUCCUCAAGUGAAUUUGACCAAGUGCUUAUGGAGGAUCGGCAAACGAAUCGCCUUACGGAGUCCCUGAACAUUUUUGAAACAAUAGUCAAUAACCGGGUUUUCAGCAACGUCUCCAUCAUUCUCUUCUUAAAUAAGACGGACUUGCUUGAGGAAAAAGUACAAAAAGUGAGCAUCAAAGACUAUUUUCCAGAUUUUGAAGGGGAUCCCCACUGCUUAACGGAUGUCCAAAAAUUCCUGGUGGAUUGUUUUCGUACCAAACGCCGGGACCAGCAGCAGAAGCCCCUCUACCACCACUUCACCACUGCUAUUAACACAGAAAACAUCCGGCUAGUCUUCCGUGAUGUCAAGGAUACCAUCCUUCAUGACAACCUCAAGCAGCUUAUGCUACAGUGAUGUGCAAAAAGACAUUUUUAUUUGAGUAACUCUUGUGUGUUGUUUUUUUAACUAGAAGUUUACAGCAGGAGUAGAGAAAUCCAGAUCCUGUCAGACUUCUUUAUGUGGCUAAAAGCUGCUGCUGAACACAUUAUUGCCAAUUUCUGCAGAAUUUCAGGCUUAAUCUCUCCCAGUGUAGCUUCAAGUUGACUCAAGUUGUAAUUUUAUAGCAGACCUAUGUCUAAGUUACCUGUAAAGUGAUUGAAUUUGACCUUUUAAGAACAUGUAUAUUAUCUUAGAAAAUCAUUCUAUGCUCAGAAUUCCAAGUCCAAACUUCAGUGAAAUUGUUGCAAUUGUUGAGCUUUGGCAGUAAUUUUAGGGGGGCAAACCUUUCACAUCUGACUUCGUAAUGAAGACUGUGAUACUGUAGCUGACUUACAAUUUCUCAGGUCUAUUGUUGGCUAGAAAACCCUUAAACCCCUCGCUGGAAUCGUGCAUCUGAAGCUAGGAUUCCUGGGUGUAAUGUUCUUCCUGUUAAGCAUAAACCUUUGCAUGGGUUUUGACUAGGAUGUGCUUUAAAAAUCCUUGGAUUGGGAACUUCAGACGUCUGGCAGGAAGUACUGGUGCAGGCACAAGUCCAGCGGCGAGGCGUAGUGAAUGACACAGUACACUGUUUCACUCUAUUGCAUUGUAACUACGCGAUGUCUUGGAGCCGUGGCAAACACAGAGCACUAUGAUACGGUCCUCUUGAAAUUCUGAUGUGGGAAGGGGAGCAAGCUAAACUUGUUUAUCUUAUCUUCACAAACCAGAUGUGACAUGUAGGUACCUUACCUUUUCUUGAAGCGCUUUAAUAUAUCACUGGUUUAUGACCUCCUGCAGUGUGCCUCCUCGUGAUCAGUAAGGAUUUGGUGAUGGAUAGAAGUACUUGCAGACCAAAGUGCCUCCUCGUGUUCUGUCCUACAGCAUUUUCAGUGGCCUUAUGCAAAUAUGUGUUCCCAGCAGAGGCCUUGUGUAGCUGACACCGUGAAGAUGAAUGUGUUUUCUGAAAAAAGGACAUCACAGCAGAAUACACUUCAGCUGAUGAGGUUCUUUCUGAGACUUUCCAGUUGGGUCUAGCAAUCCUAAGUGUACUUGAGCCAAACAUGUUGCAUAGCGUACUGUAGAGUGCUGCUUGUGACUAAUAAUAAUUUACCAAAAGUUCCAUUGUAGUUUUUUUUUUAAGGGUAGGGGUGAGGUAUUACUGUUGCCGUGUGAUUACAAAAUAAGAAAAAAAAAUGCUUCUUGCCUAGAAAUCCUCAUACACCGUGCAGUGUGCUACUAAGUAAGAGUAAGCUUGCCAACAUGUGUUCUUAAAAAGUAGUGCUGCUCCAAGUCUUUCCCCAGGCUGUAGUUCCACUUAGUCUGCCCAGCUUGCCACUUUGCCCCGUGGAACCUGCACAUUCCUGUGGAUCGUGAUGCUGGCCAAUGUGUUCUUACAAUGAAUUUUUAUCAGCAUACCACGUAUGUGGCAAGAGGUGUGAUGUAAUGUUCUCACUGCUUGGAGCAGCGUCUCUGCAGGUGCGAUCAUGUUGCUGGAACAUAGGAAAAUUGCCUGUCUCCUGAACUUUACUUACUGUGAUUGUGAGUUGUAUUAACAUCCGUACCUCAUUCUCCUGUUCAUAGAUGGAGAAUAGUGUGUUUUUGUUUAGUUAAGUGCUUUGAAAGAUCUCUAUUUUUUUAUAUCAUCUUUAUAUCAUCCAAUGAAUAGUCAUAGAUUAGUCUGUUUGCAACGAGGGACUAUUUUAGGAGGAAGGAAUUCUGAAAAGAGCUUGGGAGAAGUCACAGUGUGUUAUCAGCAGAGUCAGUGCAACACUGUCGAGAGGGUUAAUACAAUCAUUAGAUGGGGAUAUUUAGAUUUUGCCUCUGUUGUAGGCAUGGAUAUGGUUACUCUUAUGUCUUCAGUUCAUGUGUAAGCAACUCAAGGAUGAUGAACUGGAGAACUCAGAAAAGGCUGGUGGAGGGUAUUUAAAGGGUUGGACAACAUGCUUCUAGUGUCAGUCCAAAAGUUUUCCUCUUUCCUCUUGGGAGGAUGACAGGUUGAUUUGGUCGGGCUGUAAAUGCUGUGUGAGCAGAGGGCAAACCUCUGCCUGUUAGCCUCCAAGUGUAUGACAAAGUCCAUUGUUUGCAAGCAGAAGUUUGAACAAAUCCACGCCCUUGUAGGGAGGGCAAUUAAUCAUUGGAACAAACCGGCAGGAGGAGGAGGAGACUUUUUUCCAUUGCUGACAGUUGUUUGAACAAGUUUAUUUUGAGAAGCGACUCAUCUGUGCUGAUUAAAAUAAUUUGGAGAGGGUCUGUAGUAAGUGUUUUGUGGGAUGUCAGACUAGGUGGCUACAGGGAAGACUGGAGACUGGAUAUUGGAUGAUGAGGAAUAUUACCAGGAAUUUGUCUAAAAAAAAAAUAAUGUAAAGUGUUGAUAAUUUUGUGUCAAGAGACCUGUUAAUUUACAAAAAAAUCCUCAAAGCUGAUGUCAGUCUAAGGAUGUAGUCAGUUUCACCAAGGCACUGGGCACUUCUGUCAGGAGCUAAAGUAGGAAAAUAUUCAGCAAGCUUCUCUGUGAACCAACAUACACACAAAACAGAACGCUGCUGUUUUUAAUCCUUUCAGAAGACUUUCUCUGUGAAUGUUGGGCCUAUAAGGCAGCAGGGUGUACCCCAAGUGUUGGGGCACUUCUGACAAAGUAGUAGUCCCUGGGAGAUAAGCACUAUAUGAAUCUCAGGCAAAAAUGAAUUAUUUUAAUGAAAUUACUGAAUGAAAUCACUUGCAUUUCCCACUCCCACUUCUUUAAAGGGAGGGAGGCAACUAACCUUGAUGUAACUGUUUACAUGGUUCCUAUGUUACCAUACUGGAUAAACAAACUGAAUCAACAUUGGGCUUUUCCAUCUUCAAACUUCAUAGCUACCUGAAAAGGAGCACAUCACGUACUGUUGUAUGGCUUUUUAGAUUUCCUUCUAAAUAUAAUUUCUGUACAGCAUUAUUUAAUUUUGGUACAAGACUGCUGUUGUGGAACAGGCUGGUUCUUAUCCUGAAGCAAUCACCAUUGGGUAGGAAGGGUCAGCUUGGUAGUGUGCGUUCCAAGUCAAGGUGCAUUUCCAGGACAGGUGGAAAAGCAGGUGGCAAAGCAAGGUUCACAAAAGUCUCUUAGUUCUCCUUGGGGGAGUAGGCCCUGUUGAAAAGAUGACUGAUCAACGACUGUAAGGAGAUAUACCACUGUCUUGUACAGGCUUACUGUACUUGGAAGUGAAACCAGUGUUUUAAUGACUGUUCCCUGCUGCAGUAUGUUCAACUGCAUCAAUUGAUACCUUAAAACUGUGGCUGGUCAUCAGGGCUUUAAAAACUUUACUUCGUUAUGUGUUGUAUGUGGGAGCGUAAGCCAUCAGCUUAUGUAAAACGUAAAGCUUUCUUUUGGGAUACCCACUCAUCUAGAAAGAAAAGAAUAAAAAAAGAUCAGGUGGGUUAAUUCAUCCUGACGGCUGUAUAUUGGACUCAUUUGUCUAGUAAGUGGCUUUGUAUUUUGCCCAUCAGAAUUAUUCUAGCGAAUUGCUCAGAUGAGGUGUUUCAAGCUUUGUGACACUUGGCUAAUAAUAGUAUUUAUGGUCGGUUUCAGACAGCUUAUCCAACUGCAUCUGCUCGUGAUGUUUAGGAGCAGCUCACUGCUUAACGACAGAACUAUGCAUGUUUAACGUGUCCGUUGCCAUCGGAAGACUUCCCUAGUUGUUUCUCUUCAAGGUCAGUUGCAGAUUGUUCAUUUUCCAACAGUAGCAUUUCCUGCUUCAAAACGAUCAGAAGUUUCAUGCCAUACUGAGAUGUUCAUGAAUUAACUUUACAGGUCUUGUCUGUUUGAUGGUACCAUUAACAUAGUUGUUUUUUUUAAUUAUACAGCAUUGCAAUACAGUGCCAUUUUGCAAUUUCUUUGCAUUGUACUUGAAAAUAAGUUGAAUUGCAGACUAUUUAAAACCGCUUUCCUGCGCUUUCAGUAGCAGUGAGAGCUUACCUUAAGUGAAGCCUUUAUGUAAAAAUAUAUUUUGUACCAAUCUCAUAGAUCUUUAACAAAACCAAGAUUUGUAUUAGCUUUGUAUAAAUGUUUGUGGCUUACAAUUUUAUAUGUUUAACUUUUUAUAAACUUUCCAGGGACUACUUUUUAUUGUAAAUUUUUUUUUCUCCUUGCUUUAGUUAAAGAUUGGCAAUAAGUUAUUUCUAAGGGAGGUCUUAGAAGACAAAACAUCACUUCCUUUUUAUAAAAUGGUUAAAUCAAUUUAUAGUUUAAAACCUCUUCCAUUCGCUUGUACAUCGCUCUGUACAUACUCUCCAAAAGUGUUGCCUUUCAGCUAUUAAUAUUUGCCUUGUGUACAAAAUUACUGACGAUGAAUAAACAUAUACAGCCUCA